CUAAAAUUAGUAAAAUUACGGUUUGUCUGUUGUUUUGUGUUUUGUGUGCAACGUGAACGUAGUGAAAAGUUGGGUUAUGUUUAAUGUUAUUUUAUAUUUUAUUACAAUUUUUAUAAAAAAUGACUUCCGAAAGCAUUCAAGGAUUUAAAAUUUUUCCAUUGAUGUUUUCCGCAAAUUGUACAAGUUGUCAUAAUGUUUUUAUAAAAGAACAUACAGUGCGAACUCAUGAUGAACAAAAACCUUCCGGGCUGACUUUAUUUGUCUUAAAUAUACCUCCAUAUGCAACAGAGGCAGGUUUAAAAAACGCUUUUUCUAAUGUAGGAAAAAUAAAACGAAUAAUCUUAGAAGACACUGCAGAAGAUCAGAGAGGUGAUGGAUUUAAACGUGCUUUUAUAGUGUUUAAUAAUCGAGAGUCUCUAUUAAAGGCCUUAAAAUUGCAAAAGUUAAAUCCCAUUUCUUCAGAUAUUAGACCAGUAAAAGUUGGUCUAGAGAAAUGGAUAGAAGAAUAUAAUAAAGGUAUUUGUAAUCCAGAAGAAUUACAAGAGGAAAUAAAUACAUUUAUGGCAAAAUAUGAUGAAGGAAAUCAAAAUCAAAAAGAAGAAACAUUAGAAGAUGAAGAAGGAUGGACACUGGUAACAAAAACGGGUAGAAGGCCAGGUUUGUCUAGAAAAGAAAGUUUGGAAAAUAAAUUAAAUGAUAAGUCACAAAAGGCAACCAAGAAGAAGGAAUUAAAGAAUUUUUACACAUUCCAAAUAAGAGAGUCAAAAAUGAAGAACAUUGUUGAUCUAAGAAAAAAAUUUGAAGAGGCUAAACAAAAAGUCCAGCUUAUGAAGCAAGCUAGAAAAUUUAAACCUUACUAAAAAAUGUAAAUACUUACUGAUUAUCAAAUAUUUUAUGUUCUGGAUUAUAUA